AAACCCAGAUUCGAUUCUCCAUCCCCUAUCCUAUUUCGCUGCCUCAUUCUUCUCUUCACGUUGAUUUUCUUUCUUUGUACUCAGUUUGUUCCAUGGCCACGACAAUUACUUCCCAAACUACCUUCCCAUCUCAUUCUCUCUCCAACAGCUUCCACACCCAUUUUGCUCCUUCCUUCAAGAUUUCUCUUGCCUCCAAGCAGAAACCCUAUCCGAGACUCAGAGUCUCCAACGCGUUGAUCGAACCCGAUGGUGGGAGGUUGGUGAAUCUUGUUGUUGAGGAAUCUCAGAGGAACAGAAAGAGGAGGGAGGCUUUGUCUAUGCCCAGGAUCCAACUUUCCAAGAUUGAUGUGGAAUGGGUUCAUGUGCUUAGCGAAGGGUGGGCUAGCCCGCUAAGUGGGUUCAUGAGAGAGACGGAGUUCCUCCAAACGCUUCAUUUCAACUCGCUUCGGCUCCAUGAUGGAUCGGUUGUGAACAUGUCUGUGCCGAUCGUGCUUGCCAUUGAUGAUGAACAGAAGCAUUUGAUCGGCGAGUCCAGGGAUGUUGCUCUCUUUGACUCACAGGGCAAUCCUGUGGCCAUUUUGAAAGAUGUUGAGAUUUAUAAGCACCCCAAGGAAGAGAGAGUAGCUCGUACUUGGGGAACAACUGCUCCUGGCCUACCUUAUGCUGAAGAAGCUAUAACUCAUGCUGGCAAUUGGCUGAUAGGGGGUGACCUAGAGGUUAUCGAAGCAAUCAAGUACAAUGAUGGCCUUGAUCGUUUUAGGCUGUCUCCUGCAGAACUCCGUGAAGAGUUCACUAGACGCAAUGCAGAUGCCGUGUUUGCUUUCCAGCUCCGAAAUCCUGUUCACAAUGGUCAUGCUUUGCUGAUGACUGAUACUCGUAAGCGACUUCUUGAGAUGGGCUAUAAGAAUCCCAUCCUCUUGCUCCACCCACUGGGAGGAUUCACUAAAGCAGAUGAUGUUCCGCUCAAUUGGCGUAUGAGACAGCAUGAGAAGGUGCUUGAGGAUGGUGUUCUGGACCCAGAGACGACAGUAGUAUCAAUAUUCCCUUCUCCCAUGCACUAUGCUGGACCAACUGAGGUACAGUGGCAUGCAAAGGCUAGGAUCAAUGCAGGGGCAAACUUCUACAUUGUUGGUCGGGACCCUGCAGGCAUGGGCCACCCAACUGAGAAGAGAGAUUUAUAUGAUGCUGACCAUGGCAAGAAGGUGUUGAGUAUGGCACCUGGACUCGAGCGUCUAAACAUUCUUCCCUUUAGGGUUGCUGCAUAUGACAAGACUCGGGGCAAAAUGGCUUUCUUUGACCCCUCUAGGCCUCAAGAUUUCCUCUUUAUAUCAGGAACCAAGAUGAGAACGCUCGCAAGGAAUAAAGAAAGUCCGCCUGAUGGAUUCAUGUGCCCUGGUGGCUGGGAGGUUCUGGUUGAGUACUAUGAUAGUUUGGUUCCCUCAAGUGAAGGCAGAACACCAGAGGCAGUACCAGUUUAGUUUAAUCAAGUUCGUUGAAUUAUACUUUCAUUCUGGUCGGGAGAAACAAGUAUGUAUUCUCCUAAAGAAAUCCCCACCUGCAACUGUUCUCUUCCCCAAAUUCCCUGCAAAAGAAGGAUGGAGAAUCUGGGAGGCAUUGAUUCAGAGAUGCAAAAAUUUGCUUCCACCUGUUUUCCGGCACUGCCUCUUGCAUUGUCAGACUGAUAAGUGAUAGUGCAGUGUUGAUCGCUAACCUGUUCAUUAUUGCAUGGUGGCUGUCCUAUUGUUCAUUUCUGAAUUUUGAGGUGGGAGAGAAUUUUUGGUGUAAUCUUGAAUGUUCUUUUUGGGAAAUAAGUGAUUUUGAAUAUUUU